CCCAUCUCCUUUUCCUUGAACAACGGGGUUUUGCGGGAUCAGGCUGGGAUCCUAUGCUCUUAUUCCCUUUCCCAAAUUCCACCUUUAUAACCCAUUAAAGCAGGGAUGGUCCACCAACAGUUAUUCUCAAGUGCUUUGGUUAAGUUUGGCCUCCAACUCAAACCCUUGGCUCUUGCCAGACCCUGGCUGCUGUAUCACUCUGGGCUUAGAUUCUGGGAAGUUAUGCUUGUGCUGAAUUACCCCUGGGAACAGCAACAUCCUUCUUAUACCGUGAAGAACCAGGCUACAGUGAAACACCUAGCACUACCACUUGCAAGGAUAAGACACAGUCAGAAAAAAAACCUCAACGUUAAAAGCAUAACUGGAAAUUCAGGUCUCAUGAUCUCAGUUCACUGCUAAAUCAGGUGUCCCUAAUGCCGAAACCCAUUUCAGCACAAUUCAAUUAUAAGAUUUUCAUUAACUAGACUUCUCCUAGUAGCUUGGCAUGAGAAUUUUUUAAAGAAAAAUCCUCUAUAGCAGCUGACGGGAAAAAUCUUCAGCCUCGUCAGAGUACCAGAUUCGUUUACGCACCAGUUUAUGGACUCUUGCUUAUUAAUCUUGCCAGGACACCACUCUUUGCCUACAAUAAUAUCUAUUCUGUCUGCAAUUUAUUUGCUGUUUUCAAUGCUCUGACAGUCCGGGUAGCUGGAAAGGGGGCAGCACAGCAAGUCUAAUGGGAGCUCACUGCGCAGAACUGUGCUCAGGGUCCUGCCGUCUGCUGCUUCCAGGCAUUUCACGCAUCGGAGGAGCGGAGCUGCCCAUACUUCCUAUGCUCGUACAAUCCUGGCAGCUCAGCUCAUCUUCAGCAGCCUCUGUCGACAGACAGUAAUUCAUAACACCAUGGAGAGCAUACACGCUCUCCUUCUAACCGCUGCUCUUUGCAUUCUCUCUCAAGGCUGCGGCGGCUCCGAGGCCGAGCACCGGCUGUACGCGGCCCUCUUCAAGAACUACAACCAGUUCGUCCGGCCCGUGAAGAACGUCUCGGACCCCGUCAUCAUCCAGUUCGAGGUGUCCAUGUCCCAGCUGGUGAAGGUGGACGAAGUCAAUCAGAUAAUGGAAACCAACCUGUGGCUCAAGCACAUUUGGAAUGAUUACAAGCUUCGGUGGAAUCCAGCAGACUAUGGAGGUGCUGAAUUCAUCCGAGUACCAUCUGGCCAGAUCUGGAAGCCAGAUAUUGUUUUAUAUAACAAUGCAGUUGGGGAUUUCCAGGUCGAUGACAAGACAAAGGCCCUACUGAAAUACACAGGUGAUGUGACCUGGAUACCCCCGGCUAUAUUUAAAAGCUCGUGUAAAAUAGAUGUAACCUACUUCCCAUUUGACUAUCAGAACUGCACCAUGAAGUUUGGUUCCUGGUCUUACGAUAAAGCCAAGAUUGACUUGGUUUUAAUUGGCUCUACAAUGAACCUGAAAGAUUACUGGGAGAGUGGAGAAUGGGCUAUUAUUAAAGCUCCUGGGUAUAAACAUGACAUCAAAUAUAACUGCUGUGAAGAGAUAUAUACAGACAUCACAUACUCUCUUUAUAUUAGGCGUUUACCUUUAUUUUACACUAUCAACAUGAUUAUUCCAUGUCUACUGAUUUCUUUUCUGACUGUAUUAGUUUUCUAUUUGCCUUCAGACUGUGGUGAGAAAGUGACACUCUGUAUAUCAGUCCUUCUAUCUUUAACAGUGUUUCUUCUUGUUAUCACGGAGACUAUACCUUCUACGUCCCUGGUAAUUCCACUGAUUGGGGAAUACCUCCUUUUCACUAUGAUAUUUGUAACUCUGUCUAUUGUCAUUACGGUAUUUGUACUUAAUGUACACUACAGAACACCCAAGACACACACAAUGCCUGUGUGGGUGAGAACCAUCUUCUUGAACUUACUUCCCAGGAUCAUGUUUAUGACAAGGCCUGCCAGCGAUGAAGAGACUAAUCAGAAGUCAAAACCAUUUUACACUUCCGAGUUUUCAAACUUAAAUUGCUUCAACAGUUCUGAAACCAAAUGCUGCAAAGAUGGCUUUGUAUGUCAAGAUAUAGCAUGCAGCUGUUGCCAAUAUCAGAGAAUGAAGUUCUCAGAUUUCAGUGGCAAUCUCACAAGAAGUUCAAGCUCUGAAUCUCUAGAUCCUCUGUUUUCAUUUUCAGUUCUGUCACCAGAAAUGAGAGAUGCUAUUGAAAGUGUUAAAUACAUCGCAGAAAAUAUGAAAAUGCAGAACGAAGCAAAAGAGAUUCAGGAUGACUGGAAAUAUGUUGCCAUGGUAAUUGAUCGUAUUUUUCUAUGGGUUUUCAUCCUGGUAUGUAUUCUAGGAACAGCAGGAUUGUUUUUACAACCUUUGAUGGCUGGAGAUGAAAUGUAAAAAAUCAAAAUGUUAUAUUGUGAAGUCAAAUAAAACUUUUGCCAACCAAACUCUGCACUCCUACCCCAGCACCUGAUCUCUCUUCUAUGUGUUUCAGUAGUAGAAUAAGGAUCUUUCUUGGCCUCAACUUUGCUUGACCAAGAAGGCUUUAUUAAAAAAUGUGAAAACAUGAAAACAGUAUUUUGAACCAUUGUGACAGCUAAUUCCAAAGUAAUGUGCACUAUACUUGCCAGCUAUUUUUUAAAAUAACUGGAAAAGAUGCAGAUCGUACAUUAAACUUUCUAUUAAUGUUUUAAGAAGCUAGUAAAGAAAUUGAAAAUUGCAUGAAUAUUCUGAGAGUCAAGACAAGUAGAAUACUUUGGGCAACUUUGUCUGGUGUUAAGUACCUUGAAUUCCUGACAGGAUCUUCUGGGAAUAAGUUCAUAUUUAGUUUAAGGAAUGCCCUCAUGAGGAUGAAAUGAUUUAGAAAGCAUACAUACCAAAUUGUUUGAAUGCAGAACAUUGCCACCUAGUGUAUAAACUGAUGCAAACUGUGGGAAGAAAGGACUAUGGGCACAUUUAUUACAGAAGAAAAAGAAAUAGGUGAGUAAUAGAUGAUGGUAAUUAAAGCAUUGUCAUGUAGUGUCUGUGUAUCCCCGUAUAGUCACUGCAUGAGGAGUCUGUCAAAGUCAUCUAAACAUAAUAACGUUUAAAACUGUAUACAAAUCAAACACAGUAAGAUGCAGUCAGUGGGUUAUGCAAAGUAUCAAAAUGCGGUAUGAUAUUUUGGACACAGAAACAUCCUGCACGGUGUUUUAUUAUAACAGAAGGCAUGUAGAUAUUAAAUAUUCCUGUAAAGUAUGCUAAAAUUGUCUCUUGGGUAUAUGACUUUUUUUUUUUAAUUAAUAUCUGCAAAUCAUUUAAUAAUAAUAAAUAAUGAAUAAACCAUGCAACAAAAUACUGUAAUGAGAAAAUGUUUUGUAACGAUAUGAACCAUUCUCUCUGUACCAAACUGGAAACUUUUUAGAAAUGCAGUGGUAUCAAAUGAUGUAACUGUUAUAAAAAUAAAGAGAAUGAAGCUGUUGAAAAUAGUGAUUUUUUUUUCCCAUUUAUUUUGACCAAGUGACAAAAGCCAUAUAAAGCAGCAUUAGGUACAAUUCAGCACAUUCAGAAACGAGUUACAUAAGUAGCUUAUGGAUGCUUCUGGGUCUGUUAUUUUUUUCUUUUUUCAUUUCAAACACAUCUCAGGAUGGGCUGGAGACACCAAGGAUUUGAGCAUCAUCUUUCUAAUCUGAACAUAUCAUAUGAUUAUAGAAACACCUUAAAGAAUUUCAAGGAUUUGCAAAAAUUGUUAGUUACUAGUAUAAAGAUUGGGACUCCAUUGCCAAUACGCUGCCAAACAUCUCAUGAUAUAAUUGGGCAGUAUCCUCCGGUCAUCAUUGAACAAAAAGAUGCAGUAAGGGAGUUAGUAUGUGUAUAUAUAUAUAUAUAUAUAUAUAUAUAUAUAUAUAUAUAUAUAGUCUAUACCUUUCCUUACUUUGUUUUCUGUUCAGAUAAAUUUCAAUAAGCAAUUCAAAAACAAGGAGGACUAUAAAAAAAUUUUGAUUUUGAAGAGAAAAGAAGAUAGCUAAAGUACUUUGCAUUUUCACACAAAGUUACUGAUGCAUUAGUCUUAGUAAUACUGAGAAAGUUAAAAAUUACAUUAAUGGAUUAAAUCAGAUAAUCAUUAUAAAUUCAACUUUAAAAUAAGUUAUUGUGGGAAUACAGAAUAUACUGAUAUCUAAUGACAGAUGUAAUUGUAUAUCUAAGAAGAGAUUCCUUUUUUAAUCAUAAUUAUUUGAAAUUAGAUUUUAAAAAUUAUAAAAAAAAUAGAACAUUGGUUGGCAUCAUUUCCCUGCCCAUGAGACUGAAGAAGCUAUACAAAACCAAGAACAUCCUGCAGAUGAAAGAAUUUGAAAUAAACUUCCGGUUAUAUAUGUUAUGACAUGAGCAAUCGGUAUUAUAAUCAGUACAAUGUCAAAUAGAGCUAUUCUAAAGGUGAUAGAGGAAAAAUGUAUCUUUUCCCCAAAUCCAUAACUACUAUUACUUACAUUAUUAACAAUAUAACAAUUUACAUUAAACUUUUCACCUAAACAUGCUAUAAUUGGUCUGAGAAUUUAACCAAACAAAAAACUUACCAAGAUUUGUUCUUCCUUGACAUUACUCCAUUAGUCUUGCAGGAUACAAAUAUGUUAUAAAAUAACAUAGUAAGUAACUAUCAAAACUUAGGUGUAGGAAAACACCAUCUCAUCUCUUUCAGAAAUAAAACUUUGAAGAAAAGUGACAUUGAAAUGAAUUUGAAUUUAAAUUCAUUAU